UAUCUUCCCUAAAAGCAAGAACAUGGCCAAAUCCAAAAUCCUCUUCUCUCUUCUCUUCCUUCUCUUCACCCUCUUUGAACUCUUUUCUUCCAUUAUUGUCACCGCCGAGCACCCUCCUUUCCACCGAAGCAUCUCUCCUAAAUCUUUGCACCUCGACCGGCAGAAGCUCAGCCACCUACACUUCUAUUUCCACGACACUGUUAGCGGCCCAAGGCCCACUGCCGUCAGGGUGGCCCAGGCUCAAAUGACAGACAAAUUCCCCACACAAUUCGGAGCCGUGGCGAUGGCGGAUGACCCAUUGACCAUUGGGCCUGAACCGGAAUCCAAGCUUAUUGGAAGGGCCCAAGGAAUUUAUGCUUCUGCUUCUCAGAAUGAUUUGGGGUUAAUGAUGGUGAUGAACUUCGAAUUUUCGGAAGGGAAGUAUAAUGGAAGCACGUUGAGCUUGCUGGGGCGCAACGCAGUGUUUUCCGCCGUUAGGGAGAUGCCGAUCGUUGGUGGAAGCGGGAUUUUCCGGUUCGGUCGGGGAUAUGCUGUGGCCAAAACUCACUUGUUUAAUAUCACCACUCUAGAUGCUAUUGUAGAAUACAAUGUUUAUGUAUUUCACUAUUAAUGCAUGCAAAAUACCGCUUGUUAUUUUUUAUGUGGGAGAGAGAGAAGUGUAUAACAAGAA